AUGGUUGCGGCCGAGGAGCAGCAUCGCCACAUCAACAACACUCGGCAGCCGCGGGUCGAUACAUCCGCAUUCCAGGUGCAGGCUGGCAGGAAACAACGCGAAGAUCGCGAUGAUCACGAGCGCGAUCGAGUUCGUUGCACUCAUUGCAACCGCCUCUGUCACACCAAGGAAGUGUGUUAUCGCCUCGUGGGCUUUUCCUCAGGCCAUCCUCGUGCUCGUUCCAAUGAUGAGAAGACGGGUUCUUAUGGUGGUAAGAAGCCUAAAGCGGCCCAUGUUGAGCAAGACGCAUCCAGCCCCCUGCUCCUCGGAUUCACGGCUGCCCAGCUCGCCCAACUGCGUGAGUUGUUAACCGUCACAUCUCCUGAUGCUCCCACAACUCCAACAACUCAUAUGGCGGGUCUUACCUUCCAAGACGCUGAUUGGAGUGUGUAG